UUUCAAUUUUUUCUAGGGGGGGGUUGAUUUAUUAUUUUAUAGUGUUCCAGUUUUAUGUAUAUAAUGUAAAAUUGUAAGGCUCUUCCAAUACCGUGGGUCAUUUCUAUUUAUGAAUAGAUUGAUAAAUUAAAAUGUUGUCCCCCCCUUGAGAAUUUUCCUAUGGGCAUCCUUGGAACCGACACUAGCGGCGGCGUAAUUCCUGCGAAGAAUCCUGGCAGCGCCGGGGUCGGAAUCGAAACCUGUAACUACCUAUCGAGUUGAAAUCGUUGAGGAAAACGUAUGCAUUUAAACGAUUUGAUGGGGAGAUAAGGUAGAGCGACAACCGUCGAUGAGUGACGUCACGAGCGUGUGAAACGUCACGGCGGCGGGAGGGGAACAGGUGCGGAUCGCUCCGAUUGGGCUGGUGCUUAGUCGUCGAAAUCUCGGAUUUUCAUCUGACGCAACGGGAAAACGGCCGGUCGGAAAAUCGAAUGGAUCCCUGAAAUGGAUAGAUGAAUAAGAACGGAAACGAUCAAGAGACCGUGCGAAAAAAGUCGAAUCGUAUCGAUGAGACUGCAAGAUAACUACAAAAAGAGCCUGAAAAACACUCCUAACAUUACACACUAUUUUUGCUAUUUGCUGCACACUAAAGAAGAUAUAUAAUAUAAUAAUUAAGGAAUCUUUUAUUAUCAAGGUGAUUGAACUAUAAGGUUUUUGCUGUAAAAAAUAUUGAAAUCUUGUGUCGAAAAUGCAGGAGCCAAUUGAUCCAAACGUGUAUAGAAGUCUCCCUGAAAAGUAUGUUAAUGUUCAUCAAGAGAAGAUCAUCUUAAAAUAUUUCAAGAAGCGAAAGGCCCAGCAUUUUAAUAUAAAAAACAAUGAUUUGGUCAAUCUUAUUUCUCAAGAUAGUGGUUUGGAUAAACACAUUGUUCAAAAUACUAUAUCUAAGUAUCUACGAUCCAAAAAUAUGUUGCUGCCCAAAAAAAUAAAAGAAAUAAAAUCUAUGGCUAAAAAUGUUGAUAAUUUAAAGAAAAGUGCUAUCAGAAAAAAAAUUCACAGUAUGUGGUUGGCUGGUAAAAUUCCAACAAUUGAAAAAAUUAUAACAGCAGUUAACAUUGAUUCAAAUUUACCGAGAUUCAAUCGACCUACCAUGGAUAAAAUCCUAAAAGAAUUAAAAUUUGAUUUUGUUCCUAUGUCAGGUAUGUUUGCUCUCAUCGAAAAUGAUGAAAUUGUUCGUCGGAGGCGACAUUACUUAGAAGCUCUUAAGAAGUAUCGAAAUGAAGGACGGCCUAUUUAUUUUUUGGGCGAUACAUUGAUUGAAACUAACGAUAGCAAUGAUAACACACAGAAAAAUGAAAAACAUUAUUCUUGUCCACAUACUUCAAAAGUUCAAAGUGAGAUAAGAAAGAAAUUCAUUAUUUUACACGUUGGAUCAAUAGAUGGAUUUGUCCAAGGUGGUUUAUUAGGCAUUGAGUCAAAUAAAAAUUCCUACGAUUAUCAUGACGAUAUCAGUAGUGAUACUUUCAUGAAUUGGAUUAAAAAAGUGUUGCCAUUAUUGAAAGAAAAUGCUGUUAUUGUAAUGAACCACACUUCUUAUAACUCGGUUCAUAAAGUUGAAUAUCCAGACAAAACUUGGACAAAUUAUAAAAUUAUUGAAUGGUUGUUGUCUAAAGGACAAAUCGUUAACAAUGAUAUGAUUAAAGUCCAGUUAAUAGACCUUGUAAAACAAGUUAAAUCGAAAACCGGCCCAUAUCUGAUUGAUGCGAUUGCAAAUGAAAAUAAUAAAGUAGUUCUUAGAAUUCCAACCUAUCACUCCGAACUAAACGCAAUUGAGAUGGCAUGGAAUAAAGUGAAAUAUCAUGUGAAUACUAACAGUGUUCCUGCUUCCAAAAUAAUAGAUAUUGAAAAACUUAUCAUUGAAGGGAUAGAUUUGGUUACACCUGAAGAAUGGUUAAAUAUUAUUGAAUAUACAGUAGUAAAAGAAGAAGCAGACUGUUGGAACGUGGAUUUAAGCGUAAAUUUAUUUUGUGAUACUCACAGUACAACUAUUACGGAUAAAGAGAAAACAAUACCGUCUAAUGAUGAAAUAGAGUUAAUUGUAUCUAGGCUCCAAUCAUCAUGGUAAUUAUUUUUAACUAUUUUUAAUUUUAUUUAAUAGAUGAUUUAUUACUUUCUAGUAGGAUUACGAAAUACAUGUACUAAAAACUACCAAAAUAUGCGCUUAUAAUUACUUAUGAAUGUAUUUAAUUUUUUUUUUUUACUUUUCAAAAAUGAAUUGUAUAACAAGACUUAAAAAAUAAUGAAUAAU